AUGACCAAACGGGAUUUGUGUCAGUACGUUGCGGGGGCCGUGCGCGAAGACAUCCGGGAGAAGCUGGAGCUGAGGGUGGAGUCGCCCGUGGGGACCGAGCCCGCCGUCUACCCGUGGCCGCUGACGGUCUACGAGGAAAAGACACGUAGAGUUAUAUCCAGAGAACAAGUUGCUGGACCGCUCCCUGCAGAAGAACCGGGAAGAGUAAGACCAGGAACACACGUGGAAGAAGAAGAAAGAGAUGAUAAAGUAAAGCCUGGUCACCUCCAGGGCCGCUUCGUGCGCGGUGCCAGUCGGCCCCUCGUCAGGGGGGAGGAGACCCGGGCAGACUCUGCUCCACUGACCUGCAGGUGCCUGUCCGGGACGUGGUCGGAACAGCCGCUGUGCGCAACAGGGACACCCAGGCCUGGCGAGUCUGCGCCCCACCCAGGGCCUCUGGGUUCCUGCGCCGCAGCCCUGGCAUCUCCUGCUGAGAAACCCCAGAGACCGUGCGCCUUCCCCCGAGCCCACCGCCCCGAUGUAGAGCCCAAGGGGGGUGGGGGCUUCACCCCAAACUUGAGAAAGCCACACCUGGGGGCCGGGGCACAAGCGGGGGUCCCACCUUCCCCGCAGGAGCAGACCCCAAGGAGGGUCUAUCUUUUGGAAAUAAAUUUAGACUAACAGGUUUUACACACAGAAUCUUAGAGCUGGGAAAAGUCCUUUGUGUCAUUCAUGUAGCUCCUUAAGAUUUUUUUUUAAUGAGAGGAUGGAUUUCCUUGAGCACGAAUGAAUUUCUAGAAAUGGGUCCCUGGAUCCCAAGGACUGUUUUGGGGAAGAAAGAUGAAUAUAUUCUGUGAACGCCUUAUAGAACUUAUUCUAUAUUGUAGUUCUCUCUGGAAACACAUGUACCGUUGAUCUUUGUAGCAGCCCUUAACAUCCUCAAGAGAAGCUCUCAUUUCCCCAUUAGUACUUGUUAUAGGCUGAAUAUUUGGGUCCCCCAAGCAUUCACAUGUUGACACCCUACCUCCAAUGUGAAGGUAUUAGAAGGUGGGUCUUUUGGGAGAUGAUUAGGAUUUGAUGAGGUCAUCGGGAUGGAGCCCUCGUGAUGAGAUUCUUACCCUUGUGAGAAUCAUGAGAGAGCUGGAUUUUUCUCUCUGCUCUCUGCCCUGUGAGGACACAAUGAAAAGUGGACAGUCUGCAACCCGGAAGAGAGUCCUCACCAGAAGGCGAUGAUCCCGGCACCUAGAUCUCAGACUUCCAGCCUCCAGGACUGAGAAUUACAUUUUUGUUGUUUAUAAGCCCCCACCCCGCCCCAUUUAUGGAACUUUGUGACAAGAGCCCAAACUGACUUAGCAGUCUUUUCUUCAGAUAAAUGGAAGAAUUUGUGCAGCCAUCGAUUUUAUGAUACAAUUUCCCAAAUAACCAAUAUUCUCUCUAUACACUCUGAUUUCUCAACUUUUUUAUUUAUCAAAAUUGUUAUUAAAAAAGCUUCCAUAUUUUUUCCUGAUAAAUUGUUUCCAGUCCAAGUUAUCACUAUAAUGGUUCUAUGAUAUUAAUAAUUUGAGCCCUAAUACCCUGCUUAAAAUAAUCAUUCAUUUGUCUUAUGAAUAACUUCAGGGUUCAAAUGCAAAAGUUUUAAAAGGAUAUACUGUGUAAAACAUCUAUGUCAUCCCUCUGAAGGAAAGAAGGAGGGAAGAAAGGAAGGAGGGAAGAAGGAAGGAAGGAAGGUAGGAAGGAAGGAAAAAACAAUGAAAUUGCCCUCAGUUUAGCUGCCACUUCCUAAGGGAAGCCCUUUCCAACUCCAGACCCCCAGGCAUCACAAAUAAGCUCUCAUGGGACACUGUCCAUACUGUUUGUUGCACGUCAUGUUUCCUGAAAAGCUGAUUCUGAGACAAGGAGAGACUUUCAGGAAGUUUCUUGGGGUGUGUUUUUUGGGAUAAAACAUAGAAUUACCGUAUGACUCAGCAAUUUCACUCCUAAAUCAUUAAAAACAAACACUCAAACAAAUCUGCGUACACACGUGUUUAUAGCAGCACUAUUCACAAUAGAAGAAUCAUGGAAAUAACCCAAAUGUCCAUCAUUGGAUGAAUGAAUAAACAAAUUGUGGCAUAUACCUACAGUGCAAUAGUAAUUCAGUCAUAAAAAGGAAUGGAGCAAUUAAAUAUCAAACAUGACCAAAAACAUUUUUUUAAGGAAUGGAAUACUAAUACAUAUUACAGUGUGGAUGACUCUCAGAAACAUCAUGCUAAAGUGAAAGAUGGGAGACACAAAGAUCAUACGUUGUAUGAUUCCAUUUAUCUAAAAUAUCCAGAAUAAGUAAAUCCAUAGAGAAAGAAAGCAGAUUGGUGGUCUCCAGGGCCUGGUAGAGAGAGCGAAGUAGUAUCUUCUCAAUGGGUACAGAGUUUCCUUUUUGGGGUGAUAAAAAUGUCUGGGGGGGAAAAGUUUUUAAUUGGAAAAUGAUUGAUUAAAAACAAGUCUGUGCGGUAUUUCUUGGUACUGCCUUUCCCAGUUUUGACAGUAAAUGGUCAGGUACACAGUAAAUGGUCAAGUACAACAGCCAUGGUUUGAGAAAGAAAUGAUGACCAGGGCUCAGAACACUCAUUCGGGGACGAGCGUGAGGGUCACCCCACAAAGUAAGCCAUCCAUUUUCGCAGAGAUAUUAUCCAAGGAUGAGGGAAUUGAGAAUGGAUAGCACAGGAGGGAGACAAUGACUAUCAGUUGUGGCCUUGAGGCCACCUACAGUAACACAGGCUAUAGUUCGACCCAUUGACCCUCCUUUCACUAGUAGUUCAUCUCAAUUCACCCUCUCCCCUAAAAACGAUCCAUGGAAACUGUGAAAGAGUUGUUUCCAGAACUUAUGCAAAGACGUUGAUCCAAGUAAAGGCAACAAAAGCAAAAAUAAACAAGGGGGCUACAUCCAACUAAAAAGCACAACAAAGGAAACCAACAACAAAAUGAAAAGGCAGCCUACCAAAUGGGAGAAAAUUUUUAUAAAUCAUAUAUCCUAUAAGGGGUUAGUAUUCAAAUUAUAUGAAGAACUCAUAGAAAAAAUAUCCAACUAAGAAAUGGACAGAGGUUCUGAAUGGACAUUUUUACCGAGAAGAUACAGAGAUGGCCAGCAGAUAGUUAAAAAGGCACCCAAAAUCACUAAUCAGCAGAGAAAUCAAACCACAAAGAGAUGUCACCUCAUACCUGUUAGACUGGCUAAUAUCAAAAAGACAUGAACUAACAAGUGUUGGCAAGGGUUUGGAGA